AUGGCGAUCAGUCUGGGCCGUCUAUUCGCAUCAAAGAUCAUCCCGACAAUCUCCGCGACCGAACCUCUAACUCGCGCCGGCGUCAACUCGGUGAGUCGGCUCCGGUGCUCGUCGGCCUCGCAAUCGCAAACCCAGCACGAAAAACCCAGCAAGGAGCACGGUGAACCCAUAGUAGAAAAACUCGAAAAACAAGCUGAAGAAGAAGAAGAAGAUGAUGAUGAUAACGACGAUGGGUUUGUGAAUAAAGAGACCGGCGAGGUCCGUGGGCCCAGAGGACCGGAGCCCACCCGUUUCGGUGAUUGGGAGCGAAACGGUCGCUGCUCUGAUUUUUGA